CACCUAGUUGAGUUUAUAUGUCGCUUGCAUGCAGUUGUUCUCGGAACUAUAGACUAUUCGAAACCUGCAUAUUUAUUUCUAGAGAAGGAUUUACAUUUUGACAGCUCACAGGACACUUUGUUUUCUCAUGGAAUAAAUCAUUGACUAUGUCAGCCAACUCCAGCGACAGUGAGGUCUCCUUAGGUGACUGGACAGUGGUAGACAAUGCAGGAACAAUCCAGGGAAAUGAAAGUGAGACUUCUUCAGACUUUGUCACUUUAGAGGAAAAUACAGAUACAGUUGAAUAUCAUAAACAAAAAGAAGAUGCAGAUGCAGAUCUAACUGUUGCCCAGCAACCCAAUGCUGCUGAGCCAGAAACACUUUAUGAUCAGAAUGAAUCGAUUAAAGAGCCACAAACUGUCAAAGAUGAAAUUCAAGAGCUUAAAAUAAAAUAUUUUGAAAUGCCAGCUGAGCAGGUUGCCACAAUCGAAACAACUCCUGAAGAAAAGACUGUUGAAAAUGUUGUCACAGCAACCGGUGAUUCUGAUGAUGAAGAAGUUGAGGACUUGACUAAGAUGGAAUUCAGUCAAUCCUUACAGGAUGUAUUACACGCAUUGAUAAAUAAUGAAGGAACACAAGAUGGCUAUGUAACUGCUGAGCUACCAGCUGUUGUCAAGCCAAUACCAAUACGUCAACCCAGCUCUAGUAGUGAUUCUGAUUCUGAUUACGUUCGGAUAGAUCCUUCAAACAUACCAGAUGAAAAUGAAGACACUUCGAGUACACAGGCUGCUGGUUCGCUUACAUCUUCAGCAGGAUCGUCAUUGGACACCUUUUGUUUCUUUCCACGUAAGAGAUUACAAGUGCCAGUGGAAGGUGGAGAUGAUCCGUGUGACAGACCAGACAGUCCGGAUACAUUGGAUCUAAACGAAGAGGAUGAAAGCUCAUCUUAUGUUGACGAGUACUCACUUUAUUCCACACUUGGUGAUAUCUCGCCUGUUGCUCUCAAGCCUGCUGUACGUCGAUAUCGUCAUUAUAGAGAUGAUGGUCUCAACACAAAACUCAACUUGAUGCUCAUACUUGUGGUGACAGCUGGCCUGGCUCUUGGACUAGGACAUUUUAUUGGGUCAAGCAAUGAAAACCUUCAAAAACAGAAAGUACAGGAAGGACAGAUACUGAGACUGAAGUCUCUUCAGAAUGAGCUGCUAACGUGUCUAGAAAAUGAUGAAAUGAUGGAAUUGGAAUUAGACAACAUGAUGGCUGAGCUGGAUCAACAAAGAAAUAAAUAUGAAACUAUUAUGAUGCAAGAAAAACGGCCUGACACUGCUCAUAUUUCACCCAUACCAGAGUCAGAUGACAUCAGUGAUGAACAAACUGUUAUUGAGUUACCACUAUCCAAAGAUGAGAAAACAAAUGAUAAUGUUAUCAUUUUACCAAUAAAUGAUAUGACUGAGCCAGCGAGUGAAGAUGAUGCAUAUGCACAGAUAGAAGAUGACAGUCAGAUAGAUCAUCAAGACAGUCAUGACGGAUGGGUAGAAGAACAUGACAUGGUAUAUGAACAGUCAGAAGAGGAUGUCGUUUCUGAUAUUCAGUUAAAUGUACAAGAAAGUCUGGACGUCCAGUUAGAGCACUAUAGUUCAGAUGUUUUCAUAGAGGAUGAAGUCAGUGCACAUGACCAAGACAGCGCUAUCAUCCACUUAAAAUACCAGGAUGUACAUGGUGAAGAAGAAGUUGAUGAUCAGCUCGCAGGCAAUUCACCUGUUAAGUUAGAAGAAUUCCACACUAAUGAAAGAAAACAUCAAGAAGGUACUACUGGCUUGCUUUUUGCACGCCAGCCUAAUUUUGUUUCUCCUGCACCAGAAGAUGAACUGAUGGAAGAAGAAGACAACGACUUAGACAGUUUGAAUCUUGUUUUGGCGCCACCUAAGAAGCCUCUUUCUGAGCAAUUGCAGAGUGUACAUGAUGCCAAAGGGGAUACUGGAUCAGAGGAUUAUGAGUCUGAAAUUUCUAGUUGGGAAGAACAAAUUAGUAGCGAAAAUGUUGAAGUUGAAAUUGAUGAACCUGUUGAUGAAGUCAUCGGCAGUGAUGAAGUCAGUGCACAUGACCAAGACAGCGCUAUCAUCCACUUAAAAUACCAGGAUGUACAUGGAGAACAAGAAGUUGAUGAUCAGGUUGUAGGCAAUUCACCUGUUAAAUUAGAAGAAUUCCAUACCAUUGAAAGAAAACAUCGAGGAGGUACUACUGGCCUGCUUUUUGCACACCGGCCUCAAUUUGUUUCUCCUGCACCAGAAGAUGAACGAAUGGGAGAAAAAGACAACGACUUAGACAGUUUCAAUCUUGUUUUGGCGCCACCUAAGAAGCCUCUUUCUGAGCAAUUGAAGAGUGUACAUGAUGCCAAAGGGGAUACUGGAUCAGAGGAUUAUGAGUCUGAAAUUUCUAGUUGGGAAGAACAAAUUAGUAACGAAAAUAUUGAAGUUGAAAUUGAUGAACCUGUGGAUGAACUCAUCGGCAGUGAUAACCAGGAGACUGUUUAUCCCACUAUUGUCAUGGUAGAUGAGGACACACCAGUUGAACUAUAUGAUGAGCAAACACUGCCUGAUGAAAUUGAAAGUAAUGAAACUGAACUCAGUCCAGAAAUAAUAUCCUGUCAACGCAAAGUUAUGCAACUUCAGAAUGGUCUCGAAUAUGAACACGGAAGAGCCGAAAUGUGGAGAAGCCUGUUUGUUGAAGAACACGAAAAGAAGCAAGAAUCUUGUUCAAAUGAUCCUGGUCUUAGUUUCUUUACAUGCAUCAACAUGUUUGUUCCUCGGGUUGACAUUUCUGAUAUCAUGAAACAGAUGAAUGCUACUCCGCUUACAAACUUUACUGAAACGAUGGCUGAUUACUACAGUAGCAGUGGUGAUACACUGGUCAACUUGACGGAAACACUCAAAGAGCAGUGGGUGAAAGUUUUACAUUUCACCCAGUCUGAGGAGUUCAGUUCAUACGUUGAAACCAGUAAAGAAGCCAUUCUAAGUCUAAAUGAUUUGUUGAAAGACAAAAUAGAUGAAAUUAAAGCUUUUGCUAAAUCAGAAGAGUUUGCUGCAUAUUCCGAGAAAACCAAAUCUGCUUGGUCUUCAGUAUCAGAUACACUCCAUGAAAAGUGGCAACAGUUGAAAAACUAUACAGUGUCCAAGGAGUUCAAGUCAAAAGUGACAAAGCUUGGUGAGAGUAUUCAAAAAACCUGGCAGUCUGUCCAGAAUUAUUCUGUAAAAAUACUUAAAGGUGAAGAUACCAGUGGGACUCUAAGCUCUGUGACUGAUACCAUCAAGAAAACUGUUGACUCAACAUGGAAAGGUGUGAAGGAGACAGUCCAGCAUGUACUAAAGAAGAAAGAGAAUAGUGCUAAUGGGAAACCAACUAAAGGUAAAAAACGCUGGAUGCGAAGUAUUAGAUUACCUGGAGAAGAGAAAACAAUGACAGAGAGGAUCCAUGACCGAAGAGCUGGAGAGUACAGUUAUAGGGAAGCUAAAAAAGCCUGGAUGAGAAAAAUGCAACAAGCACGGGAAAACAGAAGGGCUGGUAAUGCUCCGGGUCAAAAGAGAACAAAAAAAUGGUUAAAAGCAAUUAAGUUUCCAGGAGAAGAGAUUAAAGAUAAACUGUGGCAAUGGAACUUUUGGAAUGAUGAGGUAGAAACAAAACCAGAAAUUGAUGAAGAACAAGAACAGACCAUGUAUGAAAGAAUGAUGGAUGCUGAGAAACAAUCUGAAAACACAGGAAAGCAACAUCAGCCCAGACAAACCAGUAAAGGAAUCAGACAAGAAGACACAGCACAUUGCUGGGAUGACUUUGAAGAUGACCGUGAUAUCCACUGCCAUGGCAACCAAGAAUGUAUCGGUAAACAAGUAGAGGGUGCAAGAAAAUUGUAUGUGGAACUUUUGCACUAUCGUCAGUGGCUGAAAGACCAUCACUACAAAAAAGACAUUAAAGAGAUCGAAGAGUUCCUGGAUGAUUUGGAAGAGUUUAUGGAUGACCCACACCCUGAUGAUAAUGAUCUGGAUGAGCUGCAAGAAGAUUUUGAGGAUGUUCUUGAAGACAUGGAGAAGAGAGCAAAGAAGCACAACAGGAAGCAGGAGAAAGAGAGGCAGCUGCAAGAAAAACAACUGGAAAAGAUUCGUCAGAAGUCAGACAAGGAAUUGAAGAAGGAAACCAUUGAAGAUGAAGAAGAAGUGAAGGAUGAAAAAAAGCAAGGAAAUGGUCACAGGAAAAAGAAGCAUGCAAUGGGUAAUGCUAACACAGUAAGACGAGAGUUUAAUCAAGAGACUGCUUUUAAACAUUCUAUUAAAGGUGCAGGCCAUCCAGGAAGUCAAGAAAGCAAAGGUGAUGCUGACUGGUUCUUCAAACGUGCAGUGGACCGCCAGGAGCAGCGUCACUUGUUAACAUACAAUGUGGAAGACCAAACAUUGAAUAAUUGGUUUUUCAGUCGUGCUCGGAGUCGCGAUGAACAGCGUGUGGGGUUCACCAUGUGGGAUAUGUAUACCUGGUUUGCUGACCGGUAUGAACAACGCCAAGAGUGGAGAAAAUACCAGAUGGACGAUCAGUCAAACUGGUUCCUUCGCAGACCUUAA